CACACACACGUAUAUCUCUCUCCACAUCUCUCCCGCAAAACCCUUCAAAAAUCAUACGAUGGAAUUCAAUACCACAUCUAAAUAAAACCCUCGACUCUAAACAAACCCAGUUUCUUGUAGUAGUGAAAGGAUUGGGGUUAGGGUUUUGUUUGUAUACAAAAUGUCGACUCGCAAUCGCCGUUGGUCAGUUUCAUCAUCAUCAAAAUCAUCAACAACAACCUCAUCAUUGUCGUCGGAGAUUCCCAGGAAGGCUGUGGCUGCGUUGAAGCCUCAGUUGGCGAAGAAGAAGCGGCCUCCACUCACCAACCUCACCAAUCAGAGAAAUGGUCCUCAGAACCCUGUGUCAAACAUUAUGGUGCCAUGUGAGGCUAAAAUGGCCAAGCCAAAGAAGGAAUCUUCUACUUUUAGUUGCAAGGCAAGCGUUUCUGAGAAUUCGUUGCCUUCAUCCUUGAACUUGAAAUCAAGUGCAGUUAUAUCUUGCAAGGAGACAUAUUUCCCCGGUAUUGAUCAACCUGUAGUCAGUGUUACUGCCCUUCCUGCCCCUGGCUUCAAGGAUGUUUCUCCUAGUCCGUCAGAUGGUGGUUCAGUCUCUUUGGAUGAAACAAUGUCUACUGGUGGAUCUAUAAAGAGUCCAGAAUUUGAAUACAUAGACAAUAAUGAUGCUUUAGCAAUCAAUUCAAUUGAAAGGAAGACAUGUUACAGCCUCAACAUAUCAGAUCUUGUGGGAGUAGCAGGAGAUGUGGGCAAGCAAGAUAUACUUGUGGAGAUGGAAACAGUGGAUAAAGUUGUUGACGUUGAUGGUAACAUCAUGGACCCCCAGUUUUGUGCUACCAUUGCUUGUGACAUCUAUAAGCACUUACGUGCAUCUGAGACCAAGAAGAGGCCUUGUGCAGACUUUAUGGAGAGAAUUCAGAAAGACAUUAACUCCAGCAUGCGUUCGAUACUAAUUGAUUGGCUUGUAGAGGUCUCGGAAGAGUACAAUCUUGUACCUGAAACAUUGUUUUUAUCUGUUAACUACAUAGACCGUUACCUUUCUGGCAAUAUAAUCAAUAGGCAACGUCUACAGUUGCUUGGUGUUGCCUGCAUGAUGAUUGCUGCUAAAUAUGAGGAGAUUUGUGCACCCCAGGUUGAAGAGUUUGUUUUCAUCACUGAUAACACAUACUUCAAGGAGGAGGUUUUGCAAAUGGAAUCUGCUGUGCUGAACUACUUGAAGUUUGAAAUGACAGCCCCAACCGCUAAAUGUUUUUUGAGGCAUUUUGUUCGUGCUGCUGAAGCAAAUAAUGAGGUUCCUUUAAUGCAGUUGGAGUGCCUGGCCAACUACCUUGCAGAGUUAUCGUUGAUAGAGUACAGCAUGCUUUGCUAUGCUCCAUCCGUAAUUGCUGCUUCUGCAAUUUUUUUGACCAAAUUUAUACUUAUCCCUUUGAAAAGACCUUGGACUUCAACAUUGAGGCAUUACACGCUGUUCAAGCCCUCUGAUUUGUGUGACUGUGUCAAGGCACUACAUCGCCUCUGCUGUAACCACCAUAGUUCUAGUUUACGUGCAGUUAGGGAGAAAUACAGUCAACAUAAGUACAAGUUUGUGGCAAGGAAGAACUGUCCACCUUCAAUACCUUCCGAGUAUUUCAACGACCUCAGCAACUAGAAAUUUGCGUUCUUCUUCCAUUAAUUUGUUGGAUGAUGUUAAAUGUAUCUGCUGUUUGUUUUCCUUCCAUGUAAAUACUUUUUUCUCCCAUAUCUUAUGUAUGAAUUUCGACUCUAGUUUCUGUCAAACUGUUGGUGUAUCAGAUGGCUUUUCAUAUUAAAGUUUCCUAAAA